ACGACAGUUCAUGAACAGGACAGACUGUUGUGACAAGUUCGCGUGCUACCGUACAGAGGUUUCUUUUUUCUGUGGCUCUGUGUCCUUUUAGGAGCGUUUUCGGGUGGAUUAUUACAUUUCGGUGUAUACACUUACACAUUGAAAGAAAAUAAGGGGUUGUGUCUAAGACUGGCCAGGAGUUUGCCAGAUAGGAUGUGAAAAACUUGCGUCUGUAAUUCAAAUGAAACCUGUUGCAUGGGUGGAUGUGUGACCAAAUCUUCCUUCACCGUCAAUAAGGCUCACGAUAUUAAAUUUCCAAGGAUCCAGCCCUUCCUGUUCAGUAAAGGCGAUGCCGAACAAGCCCUGAUCGACGCCGACGAGGGCGACUAUCUGUUGUACGUGGAUCAUGAAAGCGGGAAACUCGUCCUAUCAGUGAGAAUGAAAAGCUACAUACGUCACUACCGUAUCUCAGAGCUAAACGGGCUCUAUUACUUAGAGGGACAACCUUAUGCCUACAUAGACUCGAUUAUUUUAUACCACAGGAAGUACAAGCUGAACGGUGCCAAGUUAAAUAAACAAGCUCAUUUGAGUGCCAGAGUGGUGCAGAACUUUGCGCACCGUGUGGCGCGGUCUAAUGGGAAUCUCCAGAGCUACACUAACAAGAACAACCACAUGGAAUCCUCCCCAUCCAGCAUGUAUCUGUCUGUCAAUCCUAGUGCCAGGCAUUCACAUUCACGCACCAGUUCCAACGCUUCAUUAAUUACAUCUUCUUCAGAUUCUACUUGCAAAAAAAAACUUUUGUAAGGUGGAUCUGAAUACUUAAUGUAUAUUUAGUUUUUUUUUAUUCAUUUAAGUGCAAGGUACUUUACUAGCUGUUUGUAAAUACUUUUUCCUUAUUAGAUCUAAUUGGUUGAUUUAUUAUAUUAGUUUAUAGUUUUCUUUCUUUUAUUCAUCUAAGGAUUAAAGUUUUAAUUACAUGUCUCUAGCUAUACCAAUUCUGUUGCAAUUUUUUCAAGACAGCUAUAUUUAUUUUGUUAAUUAACUCAUACAUUUUGCUUAGAAUAACUGUUCUUAAUUGUGUUUCAAAAGUUAAGUUAUAUGUAAAUAACAUAUGCUAUGAUUGAAUCCUUUUUACAAUAUUUCUACCUACUUAAAUGUUUACUAUUGUAAAAAAAAACAAUUUGCAAACUUUUUCUUUAUGACAAAUUUAUGCAGAAAUUGAUAACUACUUUUUUGAAAAAAGAUUUACGGUGACAAAUAAUCCACAACUGUUUAUUAAACACUAAUAACCUACUCCCAAUUGCUCUAGAUUUAUCCUUUAUGAUAAAACUUGUACUGUAGUGUUCACAAAAAAAAUUGACAGUGUUCAUUUGCUCAUCAUGCUAGAAUUCUUGUGAUAAAACUGCUGGCUGGCCAGAUUUGUGUACACUUGUACAAAAGUGAACUUUGUGUGAUACAUAUCUAUAUAAAUUAGACAUAUUUUUCUAGUCUAUUUUGAGAUUAUUUAUUAUUGGAAAAAUGUAAAUUGAUCUGAGUGAACAAGUUGUAUUUUAAUAUUUUUUCUCAUCUAGCUGCUGUGACACGGAUCACCAUCAGCUAAAAUUAGUAAUUAAUUAAUUUUUUUUGCUAAUUUGUUGUUCAUCACAUUCCAUGCAUAUUUUAUGCAACAAAAGUUAUUUAAAAUUGCCUUUGAGAAAAGAAUUAAAGAUUUUUAAAAUGUUUGCAGACCAAAACUUUUUCAUUUUGCUAAUUAUAAAAUACCUUUAGGUUUUAAAUUUUAAAUGUCAUGAAAUUAAGAAAAUACCUUUUGCAUUUCAUCAUUCUAUAUCCACAAAAUUUAAUUUUUGUCAGCUUUUUUUUUUUCAUUUAAUAAAUUUUUAAAGUCGAUUAAAAGUGCAAUUGUUGUAAUAAAAAUAAAAUUUAAUUUAUAAUUUUUGAUAGAUUGCAUAAACUAAGUAGCAAGUAUAUAUUUUUUGUUUCAUUAAUUGAAUUAUUAGUUGAUAACCCAUUAUUAUAUUAAAUUGAUGUUUAAUUUUGUCUUCAGAAUUAAAGUUUUAAAAAAUC